AUGUCAAUGUCACGUAGAAUCGGUCAAUACGUCCAAACCUUUGCUGCCAACAGAUCAGUUGUCGGUCAACACGUCGCUAUUCGUAGUGGUUUGUUCAAUGGUAGCAGCUACUCUGUUGCUCCAAAGGAUGCCCACCACCACGAUCACGUCAACGUUGCCCCACGUUCAGCUACCACCACCUCUAUCAAGACUCCAUUGUUUGAAAGCAACUCAUCAAAGACUUUUGAAGUUAGAACCUAUUCAUCUGAUCAACAAAUCUGCAGAUAUACUAACUCUAACAAAUCAAUCAAUCGAUCGAUCAAAAUAGUCCCAGCUGCACCAACUCCAGCUUCAAUGUUGACUAACCUCUGUGAUAGCGAAAUCAAUGAUUUCAAGACCUUGAUUCCACAAUCUGAUGAUGGCAAGGCCUUUUUGGAAGAAUCUGGUUUCUCUUUAUCAAAGGAUACUGAAUAUGCUUAUUUGAAAAAGACCAAUGAAGAUGGAUCUGAAGUUACCAUUAGAUUCGAUUUGGUUGAACAAAAUCAAGACGAACAAUUUGACGACGAGGAAGGUAUGGCCGAUGAAGAGGAAGGAGAAAACGAAGGUGAAGAAGAAGAAGCUGAAGAAGAGGAAGAGGAAGAGGAAAAGGAAGAAGAGGAAGAAGAGGAAGCUGAAGAAGAGGAGGAAGGAGAAGAUGAAGAGGAAGGUGAUAUGCCAACCACUCACGAACACCCAUACGAAAUCCAAGUCACCCGUAAGGUUGACGGAAAGGACGUCACUGUCACCUUUGGCUGUUUUGCUGCUGCCGACGGUUCCUACACCAUCUCUGGAUUCUAUUUCGGUGGAUUCAACGAACCAAACAACCCUGUUGACAUUGGUGGAACUUCAAGCGACUUCCAAGACAACAUCCUCCUCUUCCUCCAACAAUUCGGUGUCAACGAAUCAUUAUCCUUCUUUGUCCACGACUACGUACACAACAAAAAACUCCACGACUAUGUUGACUCUUUUGAAACCCUUAAAACUUUCAUUGCUGCCAAGAAGAACUAA